AUGCUGCCCUCUAUCCUGUUUGUGGGACUUACUGCUCUCAUCGGCAUGAGCUGGGGCUCCUACCCUUUCCCUCACUCCCUUCGGCCUCACCUGCACCCCCGCCUAUACCACGGCUGCUAUGGGGACAUCAUGACCAUGGAGACCUCCGGGGUGCGCUGCGACAUCUCCAAUCUGCUCAGCUGUGGGAUCCGUGGUUCUGAAAUGUUUGCCGAUAUGGAUCUGAAUGCCAUAAGGACCUACCAGACUCUGAUCAAAGAAGUGGGGCAGAGGUACUGCGUGGACCCUGCGCUCAUCGCGGCUGUCAUCUCCAGAGAGAGCCACGGGGGUGUCGUGCUGCAGCGUGGCUGGGACCACAGGGGACUGAAGUUUGGCCUGAUGCAGCUUGAUAAAAGUGUUCAUCCUACUGGUGCCUGGGACAGCAAAGAACACCUUUCACAGGGUGUUGGGAUUCUAGCGGAAAACAUUAAGGUGAUCCAGAGAAAAUUCCCCAUGUGGAGCGUGGAUCAGCACCUCAAAGGUGGUCUCUCUGCCUUUAAGUCAGGAACAGAAGCCAUUGCUGCCCCAGAAAAUAUCGACUCUGACUACGUGAAUGAUGUUAUUGCCCGAGCUCGAUUCUAUAAAAGCCAUGGCUUCUAGGUAAAACCACAUUGGAGGUCAUUCAGAUGGUUUCUUGGUGAGAGUUUGAUACCAAUGAGUUGUACACAACACUGGUAAAGAUAAGAUGAAAAUUAUGAAAGAAAAUACAUUUCCAAAUUUUCUUAAUGAAAAUAAGCAUUAGAAAAAGAAAAAGAAAAAGAGGGGCUGGGGCUGUAGCUUAGUGGGAUGCUUGCCUAGCAUUUGCAAGCCCCAGAUGUUUUCCUUAGCACCACAGAAAAAAAGAAGGAAGGAAGGAAGAGAGAAAGACAGACAGAAAGAAAGAAAGAAAGAAAGA